AUGAUAUUAAAUAAACUCAUAUAUUUACUGCCAUUAAUAGCAUUAUUAAUAUAUGAAACAAAUGGCGUGGAGGACAAGAACCCAGAGGUGGGCGCCAACCGUUACACCCCUGACUGGAAGUCACUAGACUCUCGGCCCCUGCCUGGUUGGUACGACCAAGCUAAAUUUGGCAUUAUGAUGCACUGGGGCGUGUACUCCGUGUUGGGUCUAGGUGGUGAAUGGAUAUGGUAUAGAUGGAAGGUCGCGCAUGAGUUUAAGGACUAUUUUGGCAAAUAUGUCAAACCAGGCGUCACUUAUCAGGACUUUGCUAACGAGUUUACCACAGAAUUGUUUGAUCCAAACAAAUGGGCAGAUAUUAUAAAAGCAUCGGGUGCUAAGUAUGUGGUGCUGACCACCAAACAUCACGAGGGUUUCACACUCUGGCCAUCAAACUACUCGUGGAGCUGGAAUGCCAUGGAUGUGGGCGCGCACCGGGACUUAGUCGGAGAGCUGUCGACGGCUGUCCGUAAGGCUGGCCUCCGGUUCGGUACCUAUCACUCGCUGAUGGAGUGGUUUCACCCGUUGUUUCUUAAGGACCAGUCAAACAAGUGGAAGACCAACGAGUUUGUCACAAAUAAAAUCAAUCCCGAAAUGAUUGAAUUGGUGGAGAAAUAUAAGCCCGAUAUAAUCUGGUCCGAUGGCGACGCCGGCGCACCCGACACCUACUGGAAGAGCUUAGACUUCUUGGCCUGGCUUUACAACGAUAGGCAAGAUGAGGUGAUAGUAAAUGAUAGAUGGGGCGGUGGCACAGCGUGCAAGCAUGGUGGAUUUUACAACUGCAAAGACCGGUAUCUGCCAAGCGUUGUGCAGCCACAUAAAUGGGAAAAUGCCCUGUCAGUUGACCAUGGUGGUUGGAGUUAUACCAGACAGUUUGGAUUCAAUGACUAUAUGACAACGUACGAGCUCAUCUCACAAAUGGCGCAAACAAUAAGUUGCGGCGGAAAUAUCUUGAUAAACAUCGGGCCGACACCUGACGGCCGGAUCAUACCAUUGUUUGAAGAGAUACUUCGGGACAUUGGCUCCUGGAUGUCAGUGAACGGUGAGUCCAUUUACGGCACCAAUCCGUGGACACAUCAAAACGAUACGGUCACAGACAAAGUCUGGUAUACGAAGAAAGAGAAAACCGUUUACUCUAUUGUAUUGUUUUGGCCCAAGAAUUAUGAUGUGAUUCUGGGAGCCGUUGACCACAACACCGUUCAGUCCAUACAACUGUUGGGAACGACCGGUAAUCUGGUGUUCAAAGCACAUGAAGAUAAGGGAACUGUAGUCACGUUUCCCUUCGUAAGCCCCGAUACCCUCCGAUUCGCUUAUGUUCUCAAAAUUAAUUUCAAAUAA